AUUGCUGGCAUUCAGCUGACUUCCUUUGUAUCAAUAGCAAACAAAUGGGAAUGCUUAAUGUCACAAGAUCACUACGUAAUUUAUGUUAGGGAAAGAUUGCAUUCUGCAGAAAUGAUAUACUGGCAAGUAGUUUUCUUUCCUGGGCCAAGAAGGGAGGAAAAUCUUCAAAAAUGAACAGUGGGAAUCUAUGUACAUACAUCCACAACCCGCCAAAGGUUAAUUUCCAUUUAUCUCCCUAGAAAUUAGGAUCCCGAUGGAUGAGGAAAUGAUAUUGAUUCCCAUCAGUAACAGCAUUUAUGCAGUUCUCAAGAGGAGGGAGAAUUACUUGUGCAGCCUGCUUCAGAAGAAGUUUGGCUGUAUCUGUGUCCUUAAGAGCAUAAGGAAUCCCAUGGAAAUAUAUAGGAAAAGCCUGAAGGAAGGAGUGGAAGUUUCCGUUUGGGUAGAUGAUCUCACCAGACACGAGGCUGAUGCUUUGGUGAAUGCAGCCAAUGAAUACCUGCACCAUUUUGGAGGUCUGGCAUUUGCUCUCCUGAAAGCCGGUGGGCCAGAAAUUGAAGAGCAGUGCAAACUUUUUAUUGAAAAGAAUGGUCCACUCAGUGCUGGCCAGAUUGUGGUCACCAGCGGAGGAAGAUUGCCCUGUAAGCAGGUUAUCCAUGCGGUGGGUCCAAGGUGGUCAGAAGAUCAGAAGGAGGAAUGUUGCCUCAAGUUGGAAGCUGCCAUAAUAAAUGUUCUGAAAUAUGUGAAUGCUCCAGAAAACAAUAUCAAGUCUGUGGCCAUUCCUGCGCUGAGUUCAGGGAUCUUCAAUUUUCCUCAGGAUUGGUGCGCUCAAGUGAUCGUACAGACAAUCAGGAACUUUGUUCAACUUGCUCCAUUAUUUGGCUACUUGCAAGAAAUCCACCUUGUAAACAUUGAUGAGACCACAGCUGAUGUCAUGAAAAGGGCUUGCGAAGACCUGAUCGGGAUUAAUGAUAUUGUGCCUCAGUCGAGUAUUACUGAUUCUAUCACAGUCAAUGAACUCUGCCUACAGAUCAAAAAAGGGGAUAUAGAAGCACAGCAAGCUGCUAUAAUUAUUAAUUCUGUGACUGUGCAAGAUGGUCUUUUUCAAGGACUGGUUUCAAGAGCAAUUUUGGAAAAGGCAGGUCCAGCUAUGCAGGAACAAUUUCUCUCUGAGUUACAGAAACUUCCAUCAGAGAGACCCAAUUUCAUAUACACGAAAGGAUUCAAUCUCGAUUGUGAACAUGUGCUCCAUGUGGUUUGGCCAUCUUACAUUGAAGGCAGCAGGCAAGAGGUAUUAAAAACAGCCAUUUCUAAAGGGCUUUCCAAGACUGGGGAACAGCAGUUGUCGUCCAUUGCUUUUCCUCCUCUUGGAAUUAAAGAUUUACAUUUGCCAAGUAAUGAGGUGGCCGAAAUUAUGGUGGAAGAAAUCAUGCACUUUGCAGUGGAACAAACUGGGAAGAAGCUGGAUGUCUACAUUGUGAUAUCAUUGGACAACAGUGAUGUUUAUGAAGAAUUUUUUAAGACACUUAAAUCCUAUGAAUAUCAUAGAAGCUUAGAAAAUACCUUGGAUGUCCAGCUCCCUGUUCAGGAUAGGAAUCCUCAUAUAAUCCCAGACAAAGGGCAGCCCAAUGCUUUCUGUGCCAAGCUUAUGUCAGUGAAGAACAAACUAGAAGAAAAGAUGGAUUGCAGCAAUAUUGACAGAAUGGCAGAGCUGCAAACUGAUGUCCAAGCCAAUUCAGGUUUUGAAAGAAAUGGUCCUUUUGUGGAACUGAUAGGACGCAGCCAUGAUAUUUUGGAGAAAGCAGGACAGUGGCUCAGAGAUAUCAUAUUGGUUGAGGAAACUGGACGGAUUGUUAUAAGAAACCAUAACAUUUUAAACCUGCGCAGUGUCCAGCCUCUUGAACUGUCUCAUCUCCAGCAGCAUUUUGGCAUUACCAUCCUGGAGAGUGUAAGUGGAGCAGGGACAGCCCUAGAAAUUGAAGGGUCUCCCCGAGCUGUGAUUGAUGCAGUCUUUGCAAUUGAAUUCAUGCUGCAGUCUACAGCCAAGCAAGAACCUCUUAAGAUAGACGGAUCUUUGGAGAGCCAUCUUCAUCAGGAAGGUGAUCUGGAGACGGCAAACAGAUGCUUAUAUCAAAUCACUCCAAUAGAAUCUUACCUUCAAGAAUUUAAGGACAAAGAAAAACAGCUUGAAAAAGCCGGCCUCCAGGUUCUAAAGAUAGAGAAAAUACAUAACCCUCUUUUAGAAUCUGCUUUCCAAAGGGUAAAAAGGAAAAUAGAAGGAAGAAAUACUGGAAUGCCUGUAUGUCAUAGAUUGUACCAUCAUGUCCCAGCUCAGUAUUGUAGCCUGGUAUGCAAAACUGGAUUUCAGAAAACUUACUCCUCAUCACAAGGUAAACCACAUACAUUACAACGAAAGUUACUGCAGUCAGCUACUCAUUUAUAUUGCUAUAAUAAAAAAUAUAGUAAAACAGCCUGCAUUUUGUAUUGUUUUUCAGAUCAGAAAUAUGGAACUGGCAUAUAUUUUAAAAAGAACCCCCGGAAACUUAUAGCAGAUACCAGAGAAAAAUGUGAAAUGGACCAUUUGAUCUGUGUGUUUGAAGCAGAAGUUGUAACAGGGUCGUACACAAGGGGCAAUCGGAGUUAUGUAGCGCCACCAUUAAUUAACACAAGCAGUAUGAAACUCUACGAUAGUGUGGUUGAUGAUAUUCAUAACCCUGAAAUUUUUGUCAUUUUUAAUAAGGAACAAGCUCUACCACUGUACUUAUUGACAUGUUCUCUGCUUUGGAGCCCUGAUCAGAAGGCAAAUUUGGAACCGUCAUCCUAGAAUAUCUGAAGCCUUAAUGCUAAUUAAAACACGGACACUAUCGUAGUUCUGUGUUAGAUUAGGUAAUAAACAUAUGGCAGUUCUGUAAUGCAAUGAAAAAAGAAAUCCCUGCAACAUUACAUUCUUGAAGUCUCCUUAUUCUUUAAUGUUAUUUCAAAAAAAGAUAGUUAAAACCAUGCUGUUUCUAUUUAAAGCAGAACUGCUGCAACCACAAGUCCUUAUAUUAAAGUAUUAAUUUUAAGCCAUCUGAACAGUGGGGGGGGGGAAGGUUUUUUUUCACAAAAACGGGCCUGUUAGUAAAAAAAAAAAAAAAAAAGAGCAUGCAUAGCCUUUAGGAGGCUUGUAGAGUGCUCCUGAGGGCGGGCGGUGGGGGGAGGAAUGAGCAAAAACUGGUCCAUUUUUCACUCAUUUUUGCUCACCCUAGCUCCCAGAAGCACUCUGGAAGCCUACUAAAGGCUAUGCACAGCCAUUUUUGCAAAGGCGGCAGGGUUUCGGGAGGCCAAAAAUGCUGUAUUCAGUGUAUAUGAUGCACUGAGAUUUUCACCCUUUAUUGGGGGGAAAAUGUGCAUUUAAUACUCCAAAAAUAUGGUACCUAGUAGAUCUCAGGUUACUUUCUACCCUUUUGUUAUCUACAAAGGACAGUGGUCUUAGAAGAAGCAUUUGCAUCUUAAGAUUCAGGGGUUGUUUUGGACUGUUCGGAUAAAAUUUAGCAUAUACUAAGUUGUAAGGCCACAUGCCUGAUGUCUCAACUUGUCUAUUAAACAAUUGUACUCAUUUAAAAACUGAUUUCCCUCACAGUGUAAGAAGCUGGUGUCAGAGUUCAUCUCCUGCUGUCUUGGGAAGCUGAGUGAUAUUACAAGCAUCCUUUUGACAAUCUAUAUUAAGCAGAUGUUAUUUAAGUUUGACUCUUGCUUGCUCAUAGUCCAAAGAUAUUAAGGGAAAAUCCUAAAAUAAAGUGUUAUAAACUGCUUGCUUCCACCCACUUCGAGAUCUGUCCUCUAAUGCUUCCCAUAUUCUAGUCUCUUUCCUCAUUCCAACCCAGCCCCCAUGAGCCACUAAACUCACUAAACACACACACACACACACACACCUUUCUUAAACACAAAUGUUUUGUAGAAUAUAGCUUUUCUCUAGACAAUUUCCUAAAAUUAGUCUCUUAUAAAUUCAGAAAUUCUAAACCAGAAUUCCAAGUAAUUUUAUAUUUAUAUAAAGGUACAAUCAGUACAGGGUGAAAUAACCUACAAUUCUAUAAUGGGACUUUGCUUCUUCUCAGCAUUCCCAUGUUUUCGGGAAGUUUUAACUUUUUAGAGCAGAUUUGUGGAGAGUGAAACAUUCAGUUAAUGAAUGCUAGUCAGUUAGGAAUAAAAAGGACUCAACUGUGUUUUUUAUAUUUAUAUUUUAUACAGUGUUACUUUGGUAUUCAACUCUUUGAAACUCAUUGAAUUUGGUACACAACACAUUUUGAGGUGAAAAACUUGUCCCAGUAGUCAUCGUUUGUUUAGUAUAACCUAGAACUUGUCAAUGUCAGCUGCCUUGUGACUCACUAUUAUUGUUCCUUAUGGGAAAAAUUGUUUGGUACUCAUCAUUUUUGGUGC